AUGUCACAAAAUGGCCUGCAGAAUGAACUUGAAUCCCUCACUCGCCUUGGCAAACGUCUUCAACAGCUGGAGGCCGGCCGGUUUGACGAGUUUCGAGGUUCUGAUCAUCUGGGGCCGCCUUUCUCUUCUAGCCAGGACAGCUCUUCGUCUAGAGUUUCUCCCGUAACUAGCGGAAGCAGCAGUGCUGCUUCUCGCUUGCUGAUGGCCAGUGCCACGCUGGAGGAGCUAGUCGACUUUGGUCCGGUUUAUCGGUGCCUGCAUGUGCACUCGGUGCUUAAUGAGCAGGCUGAUUUUGAGCGACAUUACUGUAGUCAGCGCCGAAAGCAAUGCCAGCUUAGCCUCAGUUUGUCCCCUGCCCAGCUGGCUGGGCUCGCCAACUAUAGCGAGUUUUUUGGCGGUUUAGUUGGCUUUUUCUUGGUUGACGAGCACCUCCGACACACUCUGCCUGGCAAACUGGGAGCCUAUCAGGCCUAUCUGGACGAACUCUGGGCCAAUACAGUGCAGAGAAUGCUACGAUUCGCUCAAGUUAAUUCAGCUGCUUGUUCGAGGCCUAGCGGUCUGGUUCGGCUCAAGGAAUUUGUCGUGCUGUUUGUGCGUACCAUGCAGAGCCUAGGCUUUCCCACGGCCGGUUUGGAGGAGAUGAUUGAGCUAGUACAAAAGCGUUAUGAAACAGUUCUCGCCAGCCAAUGGAGAGAUCGGUAA